CUCCGAGUCAUCAUGGAAAUUUCGAGCAAGCGCCAUCUCUAAACAUCAAUCUUCUAGCACAGUCUUGUGGGCGUAUAUUUGAUCAAUUAGAUUGUGGUGUUCUUACGCAGACACACUUCGUAAGAAAUUUCAAAACCCUGGCUAUAUUUGACAAUUUCUGGGCAAUAUAACGGGCACUCACGCCAUGGCCGUACGGGCAUAAAAGUAACCAUUGAAAGGUUGAUCGUUCUUCAUGAACAUGGCAUCACUUCUCAAAGUUCCAUUUAUUCUCUCGUCUGCUAUCGCACAACAGGUAGCGUUUACGCCUCCAAACAUCCCCUCGGGUGGAGAGACUAUUCCACAAACGUUCAAUGAGCGGGUGCUCACCCGGCUUAUAGCAUAUGGGUUUCCGACCAUGAAAGUACUUUACUGGGUUGUUUCUUUCGCAGAGGUCGUUAUCAUUGCCUCUCAGACAGCAAAUUCUUUGUCCGUUAUACAAGCCAUUGCACAACACGCGGUCGGUCACGGGAUUCAUGACACGCCCAUCACUUUCCCUUUCGUCUUGGGCACCACACUUACUGUCGCAGGGGGUCUCUGCCGUUGGUGGUGUUAUCGCACCCUCGGUCGCUUUUUCACAUUCGAACUCAGUGUUCGCAAAGGGCAUCAUAUUGUCACGACCGGACCAUACGCUGUCAUACGCCAUCCAGCAUACACAGCAGGUAUCACGCAGCUGAUCGGGAUGAUAAUGCUACACGGAUCGCCCACUUCGUGGCUUAGACACUCCGGAGUUCUAGAUAUUCCUGGACUCAAAUUGGCUGUGAUGUCAUGGCUUGUGGGGGUGACCCUUCUUGCGAUAGGCUCCGUGUUCAGGGUCAGCGAAGAAGAUAAAGCACUGAAAAUGGCUUUCGGAGACGAGUGGGCGAAGUGGGCGAAGGCGGUCAAGUACCGACUGAUACCUGGCAUCUACUGACACAUUGCACUUGGUGUUCUGUGAUGGUUACAACUGUUCAAAUAUUCACCGGCACCGUCCAAUCUUAGACCAUUGCUCCCUUCCAUCCGAGAUUAGAAGAGAUUUAUCUGCUGAUUUCAUUCUACGAUAACGCUCGGUUUCUUUUUUGGUUAACGGGGGUGAGAUCUUGAGACGUGCAAUACAUUUUGUAGUCUUUUUUUGUUUUUCGAUGUCGGCUUUCUAUUUAAUCGCGUCUGUUGUCAUUCCAGGCUAACCUAAGGUCGGCAAUACGUCACGAGUUUACGAUAUACGA